UGUCGUGAGUUUAUGUUUUGUGUUACUUUUUUUCUACAGGCAUAGCGUACACAGUACAGCCCUUACAAGACUUCCCGAUUUUGGAUGACAUACCUCGUGUGGUUCCGUACAAGGCAGGACAGCCGCUUUCCGUUCGCUGCAUUGUCAUCGGGCGACUAGAUGAUGACGCCGUCGUUUCCUGGAUAAAGGACGGCAGACCCUUCAAAGUAGACCAUACAAAAGUCACAACUAUGGAGCCUACAAGAGACACUCUGAUCUUUAUCGAACCAAAUUCUACAGCUGCAACUGAAGGCACUUACCAAUGCUUAGCCCACACCGCUAAAGGAAUCGCUACUUCUGCACCAAUAUAUGUUAAGAGAUAUUUUCUUGAAAUCCCCAAACUUGACGCCAAGGAACACACCCCAAUCAAGGGUGAACCCUUCGAACUGGACUGUCCUCCAAUCAAUGCUUAUCCCAAACCGAAAAUUCAAUGGCUGAAGAAGGAUAACUCAGAUAGAAUCACGAGGGUUAAUGAUCUAAGACAUACAACAGCUCCAAAUGGGAAACUCCUGUUUUCCAAUAUAACAGACGUCGACACCAAAGAUUUUAAAUACGUGUGCAUGGCUAGUAUGCUGGGUAUUGACCCUGUGUUUUUAGCCGAACACCACAUUGUAGGUAUAAAGGACAAAGGCAGCAAACACCCACAACCGUCACACCAGCCCCAAUAUGUGAGCCGGGAUGUGGUGACUCAACUCGGUGAAAACACCAAGUUAUACUGCGUCUACGGGGGCACUCCCCUAACCCAAGUAAGGUGGUAUUUCAACGACACAGAGUUGACGAAAUUCAACGAGAGGGUGCAUCCACAUAGAAACUACUCAAGCAACAUAUUGUUGAUCAAAGACACACGCGUGACUGAUGAAGGAACCUACUACUGCCGUCACAACGACUCGCGAGGCGUUGUCACAUCUUUAGCGAUUAAUGUCACUGUUUUCAGCCCACCUGCAUUCGCCCAAACACUAGAACCACAAAUCCUUAUCAAUGAAGGUAAAGACGUGACCAUUCCUUGUCAAGUCGGAGGUGUACCCAAGCCUAGAAUAAACUGGACUUAUAACGCCCAAGCACUAAAUACUGAUGAUAGAAUUUCCACCAUUUUAACUGAACAUGCGUCCAAAAUACUGAUUAAAAAUGUCAAGAAAAGUGACCAAGGGUUUUACGGUUGCACAGCCACUAAUGAUCACGGCUUCAUAUACGCUGAAAGUUAUUUAUCUGUGAGUUAACAUAACAUAACAUAACAAAUACUUUAUUGCACAAACAGGAAAAAACAAAA